UGAAGGUGACUCACAUAAUUCGUGUUCCUUCACAGGAGAAUCUUGACAGUGAAAGCGUCUCGUAUUGAUGAGUGACAGCUCCAGCAUGUUCGAGAGCUGCUCUGGCUUUUCUGGAUUCUGUGCUUCACCAAUAGAGGAACCCCAUGGAGCAUUAAUUAGCUCUUGCAAUUCUAGAACCAUGACUGAUGCAUUGGUGACUUUCAGCGACGUGGCCAUCGACUUCUCGCAGGAGGAGUGGGAGUGCCUGGACCCCGCUCAGAGGGACUUGUACAUGGAUGUGAUGCUGGAGAACUAUAGUAACUGGGCCUCACUGGAUUUGGAGUCAACAUACGAGACCAAAAAUACAUUUCCAGAAAAGGACAUUUCUGAAAUAAAAUUUUCCCAAUGGGAGAUAAAGGAAAGUAAAACCCUUGGCCUUGAGGCAUCCAUUUUCAAAAACAAUUGGAAGUGCAAAAGCGAAUUCGAGGGACUUCAGGGACCCCAGGAGGGAUACUUCAGUCAAAUGAUAAUCAGCUAUGAAAAAAUGCCCACUUACGGAAAAAGUAAAUCUCCCACUGCACAUCAAAGAAUUCAUAAUCAAGAGAAACUCUAUGAAUGUAAGGAAUGUGGGAAGACCUUUAGUUGGGGCUCAAGUCUUGUUAAACAUGAGAGAAUCCAUACUGGUGAGAAACCCUAUGAAUGUAAAGAAUGUGGGAAGGCCUUUAGCCGUGGCUAUCACCUUACUGAACAUCAGAAAAUUCAUAUUGGUGUCAAAUCUUAUAAAUGUAAGGAAUGUGGGAAGGCCUUUUUUUGGGGCUCAAGCCUUGCUAAACAUGAGAUAGUUCAUACAGGUGAGAAACCUUAUGAAUGUAAAGAAUGUGGGAAGGCCUUCAGCCGUGGCUAUCAACUUACUCAGCAUCAGAAAAUCCAUACGGGGAAGAAACCUUAUGAAUGUAAAGUAUGUGGAAAGGCUUUUCGUUGGGGCUAUCAACUCACUCGACAUCAGAUAUUUCACACUGGCGAGAAAGCUUUUGAAUGUAGAGAAUGUGGGAAGAACUUUAAUUGUGGCUCAAGUCUUCUUCAGCAUGAGAGAAUUCAUACUGGUGAGAAACCCUACGAAUGUAAAGAAUGUGGAAAGGCUUUUGGUCGUGGCUAUCACCUUACCGAACAUCAGAAAAUCCAUACUGGUGAGAAACCUUUUGAAUGUAAGGAAUGUGGGAAGGCCUUUACUUGGGGUUCAAGCCUUGUUAAACAUGAGAGAGUCCAUACUGGUGAGAAAUCCCACGAAUGUGAAGAAUGUGGGAAGGCCUUUGGUAGCGGGUAUCAGCUUACUCGACAUCAGAGAUUUCAUACUGGUGAGAAACCCUAUGAAUGUAAGGAAUGUGGGAAGGCCUUUAAUUGUGCCUCAAGUCUUGCUAAACAUGAAAGAAUUCAUACUGGUGAGAAACCCUAUGGAUGUAAAGAAUGUGGAAAGGCUUUCAUUCGUGGCUAUCACCUUACUCAACAUCAGAGAAUUCAUACUGGUGAGAAACCUUUUAAAUGUAAGGAAUGUGGGAAGGCCUUUAGUUGGAGUUCAAGCCUUGUUAAACAUGAGAGAGCCCAUACUGUUGAGAAAUCCUAUGAAUGUAAAGAAUGUGGGAAGGCCUUUGGUAAUGGCUAUCAACUUAGUUUUCAUCAGAUAUUUCAUACUGGUGGGAACCCUUAUCAAUGUAUGGAAUUUGGGAAGACUUUUACUUAUGGCUCAAGCCUUGUUCAACAUGAAAGAACUCAUAGUAAUGAUAUGUCCUACAAAUAUGAAGAGUGUGGGGAAGCCUUUAUAUGGACACCUUACUCAAAUGAGACAAUUGAUAUGGUGAAACUUUAUGAUUGAAGAGAUGUGAAAGAACAUUUUUUUGUGUGUAUGGAUAACUUAUUCAACACGAGGAGAAACCUUACUCUUAAGAAACCUUAUGACUGUAGGGGAUAUGCAAAAGCCUUACCUGUAUAUGGACAAUUUACUUGUUAUCAGAAAAAUCAUACUAGUGAGAAAUAUUCUGAACAUAAGGAAUAUGGAAAGGCCUUUAGACUUCUGUACAAUCUUAUUGAACAUCAAUUUAUACUGAUGUGAAGCCGUUUAAAUGCAAGGAAUGUGUAAAGAUCUUGAAUUCAUGGCAGAAAGUCUGAUACACACCAGAGAAUUGAUGCUCAUUGGAAACACUUUAAGGAAGGUGGGAAGGACCUAAACUUAAUUCAGU